GCCCACAAAGCCCAGGCACCAUAUCGCCCAUCAACCAUCUACCAUCCACCGUCGCAUUUGGCACGAGCCCAUCCCCGAAACUACGUAAAUCAACCCACCAUCCCUCCAACCCUCACCGUCUUUACAAACCAACACAAACCAAGUAAACAUGGCACCCAAGGGCAAGGGCGACCAGCCCAAGGCGAAGAAGGUUGUCGUGGACAAGACCUUUGGUAUGAAGAACAAAAAGGGAGGGGCCGCCCAGAAACAGAUUGCGCAGCUCAAAGCCACGCAAGCAUCGGGAGGUACGCCGGAUGAGAAGCGCAAGGCAGCGGAGAAGGCACAGCGCGAGAAGGAAAAGGCGGCGGCCGAGGCGGCGCGCAAAGAAACCGCUGAGCUCUUCAAGCCAGUACAAGUUCAGAAGGUCCCAUUCGGAACCGAUCCCAAGACAGUGUUGUGUCAGUUCUUCAAAAAGGGCAACUGCGAAAAGGGCAAGAAGUGCAAGUUCAGUCACGACCUGGCUAUCGAGCGCAAGACCGAGAAGAAGAGUUUGUAUACCGACAGCAGAGACCAAGAAAAGACAGAAGACGAGGAGCGCAAGAAGAAGGACAACAUGGAUGACUGGGACGAGACCAAGCUGCGACAAGUCGUCCUGAGCAAGCAUGGAAACCCCAAAACCACAACAGACAAAGUGUGCAAGUACUUUAUCCAAGCCAUCGAAGACCAGAAGUACGGUUGGUUCUGGACAUGUCCAAACGGUGGAGACAAGUGCUUCUAUAAGCACUCUCUCCCACCCGGCUUCGUCAUCAAGACCAAAGAGCAGCGCGCAGCUGAGAAGGCUCUUAUGGCCAACUCCCCUCUUAACACUCUCACACUCGAAGACUUCCUUGAGUCGGAACGUCACAAACUCACCGGAAAACUUACGCCCGUCACACCAGAAACGUUUGCCAAAUGGAAGAAGGAGCGUGUUGACAAGAAACAGGCCGAAGAAGAGGCCAAGAGGCUCAAGGAUGCCACUGGUAGGGCUAUGUUUGAAAAGGGUGACUGGGCUCAAGACAGCGAUGAGGAUAGCAGCGAUGGUGAAGCCGACGAUGAAUGGAAUCUGGAAUCCAUGAGGAGAGAGACGGAAGCCGCACGGCAAAAGAAGGAAGAAGAGCGCAUUGCUGCUUCCUUGGAGAACAUGACUGUUUCUUGAAUGCCGCUAAUCCAUUCCGAGUCAGAGACUCGUCGAGGGGUCGAGAAAGGAAGAGGCGACGAGAGCUUGCCGGCUGCCACACAAUGCUGAAAAAGCUUGCAGGGCAGGACGAGUAUCGCUAUGGCAAGAAACCGAUUGGCUGUCCUUGUGCACCUGUCGCCAUAGCUUUGGGAUGAUCCUAAGCCUUGUCACUCCAUGUGAAAUACUGCCUUGAAUGGCGGGUCAUCAGACUCAAUUGGCUUUUGUGUCAUUUGGCACUGGCGUCUCGGUUUGUUGGGGGUUCAGGUAUCAUUGUAUGGGGUUCCGAAUAUAACUACGAUUGCAUGAACACCAUGCUAUGUUGAUUUACAAGAUGCAUCAUUGCAAGGGGAGUUUGCCGCAACGUUAUUUGUAAAGGGAGUAUGGAAUAUCUC